AUGUUGCUGCGCUUCAAACACAACGCUCUUCAUGCACGUGGAUCGAUUCCCAAGAAGUACGGUCCGGUAUCACUUGCAGAACGAGAGGACGCUCUACUGCAUCUAGUGAAGCUGUCACAGAAGGAGUGCUUCGCGCAAGAAAUCGCCGAUCUUGAAAAAAAGGGAGAAGUCAAGCCAACUUCUCGAAUCAACACCCUCCAUCCACGGCUGGUCGAAGGCGUACUUCGGGUUGGCGGCCGGCUGGAAAAUGCUCCAGUUUCAGCAGACCGGAAGCAUCCGAUGCUAUUGGACAAGAACCAUCCGCUAACGUUCAUGAUUAUGCGUCGUUUCCACUUCGAACAUCUUCACGCUGGACCACAACUAUUGGUAGCCAGUGUCCGUGAACGUUUCUGGCCGCUCAGCGCACGCAGUCUUGCUAGGACAAUUGUGCACAGAUGCAUUACCUGCUUUCGGAAUAAGCCGACUGUCCAGGACCAGCUGAUGGCCGAUCUUCCCGCGGAACGGGUCACCCCAGCGCCACCAUUCUUUCGGGUUGGCGUCGACUACUGCGGGCCCUUUCUGAUCAAUUACCCAAACAGAAAAAGGAUCUCCGUCAAGCACUACGCUGCAAUCUUUGUGUGCUUGGUAACAAAAGCAGUCCAUAUUGAGAUGGUUGCCGACCUCACAACCCAAGGCUUCAUGGCUGCAUUGAAACGGUUCGUAGCCAGACGGGGUAAACCAGCUCUUAUCAUGUGCGACAACGUCUCCAAUUUCGUCGGAGCAAGGCGGCAGUUGGACGAACUUGCCACUCUCUUCAGAAGUCAGCAAUCCCAGCAGUCAAUCGCAACUGGUGCGGCGGAUGUUGGGAUAGAUUUCAAAUUCAUUCCUGCCAAGUCCCCAAACUUCGGCGGUUUGUGGGAAGCGGCUGUCAAGUCUAUGAAACAGCAUUUGAAGAAGGCGAUUGGACUACGAACGAUCACUCCCGACGAACUCAACACGGUUCUAACCCAGAUCGAAGCGUGUCUCAACUCUAGACCGCUGACUCAGAUCAGCAACGAUCCGAGUGACCUCGGUGUGCUGACUCCAGGCCAUUUUCUCAUCCAACGCCCCCUGACGGCUGUAGCGGAACCGUGGCUUCAGGAUGUUCCUGAGAAUCGACUGUCCAGGUGGCAGAAGGUUGAAGAUUUUGUCCAGCGUGUGUGGUCCAGAUGGUCCACGCAAUAUCUGUCCGACCUACACAAUAGGACAAAGUGGACCCGACAGAAAAACAACCUCUUCGUUGGCACAAUGGUGCUGAUCAAGGAGGAUAACCUCCCUCCGCUCAAAUGGCUCCUCGGAAGGGUGACGCAAAUCCAUCCGGGCGCUGAUGGUAACAUCAGGGUCGUUACUGUCCGGACCAAGGACGGGAACGUCAUCCGUGCUAUCUCAAAGAUAUGCAUCCUGCCCAUCAGCGAUAACGACCAACAAUCAAGCGAUCGGGAGAGCUAG